AUGGCCAACCGAGGAAAGACUCUCGACGACAAGGUCUUCAGCAUCAAUGACCUGAAGGAGCAAGCUUCGAAAAAGCUGCCUCGAGCCUACAAAGAGUUCUUCAACGAGGGAGCCAUGGACAUGAUCACCGUGCAAGACAAUGAGAAAGCCUACGAUCGCUACAAGAUCCGCCCUCGCGUGCUCAGGGACGUGUCCAACAUCGACACGUCGACCACUAUCUUCGGCACAAAGGUGGCCCUCCCCUUCGGCUUCUCGCCUGCGGCGACGCAUAAGCUGGCGCAUCCGGAGGGCGAGGUGGCGACAUCUCGAGCCGCCGCGGCUGUUGGCAUCCCCAUGGCUCUCUCAGCGUAUGCGACGUGCUCUCUAGAGGAUGUCAUUGCGCAGAGUCAGGGUAAUCCGUAUGUCAUGCAGUUCAGCAUCCUGAAGAACCGGGACAUCACGAGGCAGAUUCUCCAACGGGCAGAGCGUGCGGGUUACAAAGCUGUCAUGAUGACCGUCGAUGCACCUAUGCUGGGGCGCCGUUUGAACGAAUACCGGAACGCCUUUGGGUUGCCGGAAGGCUUGGGAUAUCCCAACAUAGCGCCGGGUAUGGACAUGAGCAACCUGGUCGAUCAGGGGCUUGACUUGACAUAUGAGGACGGUAUGAAUUGGGAACAGGCUCUCGGAUGGAUUAGAGAGAACACGAAGCUGGAUGUUUGGCUCAAAGGAGUAUACACUGCCGACGAUGUUGCUCUGGCCAUAGAGCACGGCGUCGACGGCGUGCUCAUCUCCAACCACGGCGGCCGCCAGCUUGACGGCGUCCCCGCAACCCUCGACGCAUUGAGGGAGUGCGCCCCUGUGGCGAAAGGGAAGAUCAAGAUUGCCAUUGACGGCGGAAUCCGGAGAGGAACCGACAUCUUCAAGGCCAUUGCCCUUGGCGCGGAUUUCUGUUUCGCCGGGCGGGUUCCGAUCUGGGGUCUUGCGUACAACGGCUCCGAGGGUGUGCAGCUCGCUGUCAACCUCCUUCAUGAAGAGUUCAAGUUGGCCAUGAGCCUAGCUGGAUGCAAAACGGUCAAGGAUAUCAACAAGGGUCACUUAUCACUUCUGCAGACGAACGGUGUACUGGCCAAGCUGUGA